GGUGUCGGGCCUCCGUCCAGCAGGAGGCGCUGUUACUCUCCACCCGCCAGCACCGCAGCACGCAGAGCCUUCCUCGGCCACUCUUCCUUACUUCUAGCUGUUGUGUUUUUUUAACACUUAACUACGGGUUUCCUUACCUAUUGCUGAAGCGCACUAAAGGUCAGUUUUGACAGUUCACUCCUCAAUGCUUUGUUUUUCGAAGUAACGUCCUUCUAAAAUAACGCCCUUUGCGCGGUGGGAGAGAGGAGAUGCUAGCUCGACCCGCGUCAGCAGAGCACUGACUGCAUAAACUGGUGUGAGGAUGAAUCCAGUUGACUGGAAUCACGCUGCGAGUGAGUCUUUGCAGAGAAGUCUGAUUCCAGAUCGCCGGACUGAGGUCAACAGUCGGGGGGUCGACUCAAUCACCAGUGAGGAGUGGCGCACUUUUUGCAGAUAUGCAAGACGCACUGUUGAUGAAGCUCAAAGCUUGGUGGGAGGAAAUGUGGCAAGGGAGGAGCUCCGUGUUCCCUCCCGUAACUUUUACGUUAAGGACGCUGAAGUUGAGGACCCGGAUGGAGAAUCACUUGAAGUCGAUGAAGAGGAUCCAGAGCUCAAGAGAAAGCGGAAAGAGCUCAGAGAGAUAGAGGAGCAAAUUAUGUUUAAGAGAGCUGCUAUUGCCCUGAAAACAGUUGAACCGCUUUUAAAGAAAACAACCUCUCCAGACUUUUUCUUGAAUGAAUCGGCUACAUGCAACGUUGCCAGUCUGAAAGACCGCGUGAAUUUAAUUUUGCAACGACGUCAUCCUUCGGGAUUUCUGUCAACGGUCCGUUCACCCAAAGAGAGAAUGAACUCAUCCAGCCUGAUUAAAAAUGGUCUGCUGCGGGACGACCAUCCUCUGAAGCUCAGAGUGAAGGCACUGAUUGAGCACAGAAGAUUUAGCGAUUCAUUUUUUUUGCCAGCAAGAGAAGAGGCCCCUGACCUCACACCGCCUGCUCCCUGCCGAAGCAACUCUUCACCAGACAACGAGGAUGUCGUCCACAAGGGUUUCCAGCGUUUCCUCAGCAUUCUCAACGAAGGAGUGGACAUGGACUUCCUCAGCAGGAUUGUUAACGAUGACCAUCCAGAUCUUCCUCUAGGUGAGGAGCUCCUCAACGUUGAGGUUCCUGCUGUAGAGAGCAUGUCAGAUCCAACCUUCAGGAGAGCGAGCCAGCAAUCCGAUAGUGAAGCCUCAGUGCCGGGCUGCCAUCGGGCCAACGGUGAAGAAGGGGAAUGUGACAAGCCCAGUCAAGAGAGAUCCCUCGGUGAGAGACUUUCCCCGCCCGCUAAUGACGACGAGGAGAGGAGUCGAUCCAAGUCUCCCGCUGCAGUGAAGAAGAAAGAAGAAGAAGAAGAAGAAGAAGAAGAAAAACCAGAGGUGGACGAGCAGCGUGCACAUCUCCAGAACAUUCUUCAAUCUCUGGGGUUGAGCCUGGAAGUAGAGGAGAUGAGCAAAUUAGCAGACCGGACUCGGGAGAGGCUGUAUGGAAAGAAGCACGAAGGCAAAGGACUAGAGCAGGAGAUUCGGCAGAGGGCUCCUCAAAGACAUUACAGUAAGUCCUCCUCUUCGUCUUCCUCCUCCUCAAGAUCAAGCUCCAGAAGCAAUAGUCCGAACCCUGCUCGCCGUCGGUCCUCCCACAGCAGACAACGGUCUGAAUGCGGUCGCCGUUCGAGUGACAGGAGGGCAGAUGGACUGGCUUGCCAUGUCGGUAGCGAGGACCGCAAAGAAGAGCCGAGUUACGGGGACCACCACGAAAAAAACCCCAAAGAAAUGUUUUCUUAUCAACAAAACCAUACGUAUAGCCAGCCCGCUGCUCCUCCUGCAUUUCCACAAAACAGUUUCUACCAAAGCUGCCAGUACACUGCCUACCACAGUGGCUCCUACGGCACUGCUUCAAGUUCUCACUGGACGUCUACACAAGUUGCCACGCCGCCUUUCUUUUAUACAAGUGGGCCUCCUUAUCCACAAAACACCUACCAACACUCUCCUGCCGCUGAAGUGCCCCCUGUCGUUUGUGACCCAUAUAGACGUAUGUCUUUGAAAAAGAACCGAUUUUGGAAUCCAGAUCUGCCGGGGAGCGGAGGCCAAACUGGAUCUUUUUCAGGCAAUCGCUGCCUGCAGUUUAUCAGCACUAAGCAGCCAACCGCUGGCAGCUGUGUACAGGAACCCCCCCCCAAAAAGAAAAAGAAGAAGAAGAAGAAGAAAAAGAAUAAUAAUAAUGUAAAGAACCAACAACAAAAACCUACUGGCGUUGCGGUGCACCCUAGAAUUCAUGCCCCCCCGUAUUUGGACACAAACCUGUUCAUGAACCCAGAUCUGUCAGGGAGUGAAGGCCAAAUUGGAUUUUUUUCACGCAAAUCCUACCUGCAGACAGUCAACCCUAAGAAGCCAACUGCUGAAAGCCGUUUACAGGAACCCCCAAAAAGUCAACAAAAACAAAUGAAUAUGAAGACAAAAGUUCACUUACAGAUUGUUCAUGUACAUAAAGCAAGGAAAAAAUACAUGAAGGAACUACGAAAAUUGGCAGCAAAACAGAUGGAGGCGGAGAUGAAUACUCCACAGCCAGUUGAAGAUGACCCUGAAGCAGAGCAGUCAGGAGAACAGCGGCCGUCAACCGAGCAGUCAGGAGAACAGCAGCCGCCAACCCAGCAGCCAGGAGAACAGCGGCCGCCAACCCAGCAGCCAGGAGAACAGCGGCCGUCAACCGAGCAGUCUGGGGAACAGCGGCCGUCAACCGAGCAGUCUGGGGAACAGCGGCCGCCAACGGAAGAGGAAAUUAAAGCUAACUUGAGGAAAAAGCUUAAAGCAUUUAACCUGAAGAUGAAGCAGAAGGUGCCAGAGCCUGGUUAUCCCCUUACCUCUCCGACCGGUGAAGUGAGUAAAUCACAGUGUGAGAACACUGAUGCUGACAGGGAGUCUCUUUAUUCAUUGUAAAUGUUCUAGCUUGAGAAUGCUUUUGUUUCGUAAGCACCGAAUAAGAAAUUUGCCAAUUUUCCCACAGCAAUCAUUAACCAUUGUGUGAUUAUGCUAUUUUAUGUUAUCCGUUUACAAUUCUCCUUUUAAGCGAUUAAAACAGCAAAACGGCACAUUGAAAUCAUAUUGUAAUAAUUUAUAUAAUAUAAAAUGUUGAUUGAAAUAAAAGAUGUACAUCAUUAUUAACUGAGAUUUGCCGUUGAGUAGCGGUCAUGUGUUUUAUUCACUUUUUUUUUCUCUUGUCUAUAGAUAUGUGGCUCUUCGUGACUGAUUAUUUGAAACCGCUCUGAGACCCUACAGGCCAUGUGGACAUCAUGUGCAACAUAUAUUGUUUAUUGUUUAGUCAUAUUUCCAGUUUUUCACUGAAUCAUCUUCAAACUCUAAAAAAAUGAAAACAACAUUUAAAAAAAUAUAUUUUUAUGCCAGCAAUUCCCAUUUUGGGUUGGGUCAGGUGACUUCUGUGAAUAUUACCACUUUAUUACUGUUUUAAACAGCCUUUCUUUGUCUUGGUCCUGUAUGUAUUUGAUUAAACAAAGUAUGUUUUGCAGACUCUGUCUUAA